UGAAUUUUGUGCAACACCUAAUUCCACAUCCCGGAUCUAAUUCUUGACAAGCAAGCGGAUGUAGUGUUUGACAAGUAUGGGUGACAUGCAUCUUAGUCAACCUGGAAUAGCUGAAGGAUUCGGUCGCUAUGACUACCUUAUAAAGCUUUUAGCGUUAGGAGAUAGUGAUGUGGGCAAGACGAGCCUUUUUGUGCGCUACGUGGACAACGCUUUCGACCCGGAAGUUGGAACAACGAUUGGAGUAGAUUUCAAAGAGAAAGUGGUUGAUAAAGGCGGUAAGCGUGUAUACUUGCAGUUGUGGGAUACCGCAGGCCAAGAAAGGUAUCAGAGUGUUACAACUGCUUUUUAUCGAAACGCGUUUGGUUUCUUAGUUGUAUUCGAUGUGACAAGUCACCAGAGUUUUGUUAAUGUUCGUCACUGGAUCACUCUUCUAUCUCAGCACUCUGAGUUAGAAAAGCCAGAUUUGGUUUUGGUAGGAAAUAAGCUGGACUUAUUUACCAAGAGAGAGGUGGAAACUACUCAGGCACAAGAGCUUGCCAAGCAGUUUGAUAUGGAAUACAUUGAAACGAGUGCUAAAGAUGGAGUGAAUGUGGAGCAAAUGAUGGAGAAACUUCUCACGAAAGUGAUGGUUACCAUGGAGAAAGAAAUGAAAAAAAGCAAGAAAAACGAGUUGAAGGGUUCUACACAGACUUCGAGUUUUAAGUGUUGCUCAAGCUCAUAAAAUUGCCAAAGAUACAUGCUUAGCUGGCAGGAAGGAUUAUUGAGCAUAAACGUAAGACACACUAACAAAAUUAUAUUAGUCAACUUAAUUCAGCAAUGUAGCCACCACAGUACAGUACUGCAAUGUACACUAUGAUUUUGCUUAUAAAUAAUUAAGUUAA